GAAUCAAGGAGAAGGAAGCGAGGAAAGAGAAAUGAGUUGCGGCCAGAGCGUGGAUCUUGUAUGGGACAGAGACACAGCAACACAAGGAACUAAAACGAUCUGGGCGGCGGACUGGUCUGUAUUCUUUCGGUACUACGACAACUGCGUUCCUUAGCUACAGUGUGACGAUUAAAUAAGACGACAUGGAUUCUUGGAAGACUUUGUUCCUUCUAUUUUCUGUGAUUGGGUUCACCUGGGCCGAGGAAGUCAAUUUCAAAGACUGCGGUUCUUCUACUGGAAAAGUUUCCACAGUGAACAUAACCCCCUGCCUUGAUCACCCAAAUCCAUGCAAACUUAAAAAAGGAGAAAACUACAGCGUCAAUGUAACCUUCCUUAGUAAUGUGGAGACCCUGAAGAGCACAGCUGUGGUGCACGGUGUUAUUGCUGGAGUACCUGUUCCUUUUCCUAUUCCAGUCAGCGAUGGUUGCCAGUCUGGCAUUAACUGCCCUAUUGAAAUGCAGAAAUUCUAUAACUAUGUAACCACAUUGCCAGUGAAGACAGAAUAUCCAUGUCUCAAGUUGGUGGUUGAGUGGGAACUGAAAGAUGAUGGUAGCAAAGAUUUGUUCUGCAUUAAGUUUCCUGUUGAAAUUGUGAGCUGAAGUGUUAACGUCGGCGAACUAAAUAGUACUGAGAAUCACAUCAAUUUUUUCUUACGAUUGCAUUUUAUAACUGCAUAUUUUAAAAUGUUUCUGACUUAACUGUUAUUCUUUAGAAAAGAAAUCAGAUAUCUUUUGAUAUGGCUUCUCACUAAUAACAUGUCAAUGAUGUCACAUUCCUAGCUUGAUGGCUGCUGUGUAGUCGGAAAGUACACAAUGUACCUUUUUGUUUUCAUGAAAAUUUCUUAUUGACAUUGUACUAAAUUGUGUAGAUCUAUAUUAAUAAUUAAUAAAGUGAUUUAAAUUCUCCCAAA